AAAAAACUAACAUGGCAUACUCAACUUUCGUUUCGUUUGUGGCAUUUGCUUUGAGUUUGUACUUCGGAGUGUCCUAUUGUUACUUUUCCAUACCGCUGAAAAUAUACCCAGGGAAGUACAACGUCUCAUCGGAUGUGAAUUUGACGUCUCUUCGGAGAGUAGCGUUAAAGUCUGAUGGAAGCGGUCUCUCUCUGGCCUCUGAUCCCGGUACCGUGAACUUUCUGGACAUGGUGAAUAAUUUGCAAGGAGACUCUGGGAGAGGCUACUACAUAGAAAUGUCAAUCGGUACUCCUGGUCAAAAGCUGAACAUCCUGGUGGAUACGGGUAGCAGUAACUUUGCCGUGGCUGCAGCUCCACACCAAUUUAUUACUCAUUACUUCAACACUGCACUUUCCAGUACCUACCGUUCAACCGGUCGCACUGUAGCUGUAAGGUACACCCAAGGCAACUGGGAAGGUGAGCUGGGAAUAGACAGCGUCUCUAUUCCCAGAGGCCCAAACGGGACCAUCAACAUCAACAUCGCCGCCAUCCUGUCUUCUGAUGGCUUCUUCCUCCCUGGGAUCAACUGGCAAGGCAUCCUGGGAUUGGCCUAUCCUGUGCUGGCACGGCCUGACUCGUCCGUGGAGCUCUUCAACUCCGUGGUGAGACAGCUGGGAAUUCCUGACGUCUUUUCCCUCCAGAUGUGUGGUGCUGGACUGUCAGCCGGCAGCGAAACAGACACUACGGGCGGCAGUCUUAUAAUGGGUGGGGCUGAACCAAGUCUGUAUCGAGGCUCAGUGUGGUACACCCCUAUAAUAGAAGAGUGGUACUACCAGGUGGAGGUGUUGAAGCUGGAGGUGGGAGACCAGAAUCUGAAUCUGGACUGCAGAGAGUAUAACAUGGAUAAAGCUAUAGUCGACAGUGGGACGACUCUGCUGCGACUUCCUGUCAACGUCUUCAAUGCAUUGGUAGAAGCCAUCAUACGCAGCUCUCUGAUCGAGGAGUUUUCUUCAGGGUUCUGGGAAGGCACCAAGUUAGCAUGUUGGAUGAAGGGAGAGAACCCCUGGAGGUUUUUCCCUAAGCUGUCCAUCUACCUGAGGGCCACGAACACCAGCGAGUCGUUCCGCGUCACCAUUCUGCCUCAGCUUUACAUCCAGCCAAUCACGGAUGUUGACGGCACGCUGGACUGCUUCCGUUUCGGGGUGUCGUCGUCAACAAAUGGCAUGGUGAUCGGCGCCACUGUUAUGGAAGGCUUCUAUGUAGUGUUUGACCGCACUCAGCGGAGACUGGGCUUCGCACUCAGCAGCUGUGCAGUGAGCGAUGGGGUGGCUCUGUCAGAGAUCGAGGGACCCUUCUCUGCAGCGGACGUGGCGGCCGACUGCUCUGGCGGCCCACUGAAGGAGCCUCUUGUGUGGAUGAUAUCUUACGCCCUGAUGGCAGUCUGCGCGUUGGCCCUCCUCAUCCUGCUGCUCAUGCUCAUCCUGCCCUGCAGAUGCGGAAACCGGAACGGUGAGAUCACGGACGAGUCCUCGCUGGUACGACACCGCAUCAAAUGACUGAGAGGGCAAAGUAGAGCGAACCCGGGGAAGGGACAGUCGGACAGUGAGCAGAGCGCCUCCACGAGAGGCUGCACCGACCAAUGACACUUGACUUAGGAUUUUUAGACUGGACUCAUCAGCUUGGCCCACAGAGGCAGUCGCACAGACAGAUCAACUGCCUCUGAAGGGGAAAAAUCCCCAGAACAAUUCUUUAAAAAAACAGCUGUUGGUGGUGAAUUUGUAUUUUCUUGUUGGUUUUUUUGUGGUCGUGGCCUCUCUUUGACGAUGAUAGUUUGCUAAUGUUAUGCUUAUGUUGCCUUAAUCCACCUACAGAGGCUGGUGGAGGCACUCAAAUCAUAACUGGGCUUGUUCUAAUUAAAACUGCUAAAGGUAUUCUGAGAAAUCUAGAACUUCAAUAACACUAGAAGAUUAAAAUUAAAAAUUUUAAAGCAGUUAAUAAGUAUACACACACUAACCAUCACAGCAAAGAACAGCUCAGCGGUGCAGACAAUCACAGCACAUCCAGAAGGAAGGAUAAUAACACUGAUAUCAUCUCCAUGCAAAAGGUGUUUUCUAGGUUUCUAAGCCUUAUAAACCAAAAGUGCCUUCGUUUUUGGUUUUUUUGUUUGUUUGUUUGUUUGUUUGUUUUUGGGGGGGGGGGGUUCAAUCUAAUGCCAACAACGGGAUCUAUUUCUUGGAUCUAUUUUGAAGUUUUCCACUCGUCUGUGGAGUCAAAUGAUUACCCAGAGAUAUUACAUAAAAAAUAAACUAAUUAAAGUAAAGCUGCUCACUGGUAAUAGGAAGAAUAUGAAAAGUUAGACUUGUGUUUACAGCGCCUGUAGUGCCUCUGUGGUCUCGGCUCUCUGCUAGAACAGUAUCAGCAGUUUGGGACUUACUCUGCUGAAUUGCACUUCCAAAGUCGAUCAAAGUGUUAUAUAAAACGAAAGAUCAAUAUUUCUCCUUCUGUAAUGUAGUUUAUUAUUUUAAUGUAGCUAUACCCAUUCUGUAUACCCUCAGCUUUAUAUUUAAGUCUCUUUGAAUGUGAUUGUAUCAUCAUCAUCAUCAUCAUUAUUAUUAUUAUUAUUAUUAUUAUUAUUAUUAUUAUAAUUAUUCCAGAUCUUUGCUUUCUGAGACUAGAAUUCAAAGGGUGUUUAUACUGCACAUUUUAUACAAAUCAUAUACAGAAACACUUCAGCAUUGAUUUCCUUUGUUACUUGUGAGCUUCAGUUAACGUUCUAGCAAAGCAGACAUUCCUGUUAGCAGUAAAAAAGAGAUAAAGAAUCAACUUAUUGAAUGUCAUUUUGCAGUCUGUUCGCACCAGUGAAAUAAGGUCCAUACACAGUCCACAGAAGAUGCUGCGCCACAGUUCAGCCUCAUUCAGCUUCCUGUAAUCUGACCCAAGCUGCACUAACAUGUCGGAAAAAAUGUCAAUUUGUGAGACUGUUUCACUGAAAGCACACUUGAAUCUAAAACUGCUCGCUUAUUUAUGAGUGUAUUUUUUCUGUGCCAAAAAUUGUAAACUGUGUUGUAAAUAAAACAACUUGUGACAAAUCAAAGACA